AUGUGGACCAUCACGUUGACGUUACUGCGUAGCAAGCGUCAGUAUCUGGCAGCAAUUUUAGCAAACCUUUCGGUUACCUGUACCGGAUGUGCGAUGGCGUGGACAUCUCCGGUGGAGUCGAAACUUACGCGCCCGUGGCUAUCUCCACUGUCCGCAGUACCUUCGGAUACGCAGCUUUCCUGGAUCGGAUCGAUACUGGCAUUGGGGUCUAUCGCAGGACCACCAUUGGCAGGGUAUAUAGCGCAUCGGUAUGGCCGCAAAAUAGCGCUCCUCGGAAGUGGAUUGCUGUUUGUGAUAGCAUACAUCCUAUUCGUGACCACGAGAACGGUUGCACAAAUCCUUGUGGGACGUUUUCUACAAGGUUGUGGCAUCGGAUUUGCUUUGGCCAUUACUCCGAUGUACGUGUGUGAAAUUGCGACAUCAAAACGCCGAGGAACACUCGGAUCGCUGCUGCAGGUAUGCAUGACACUUGGGAUGCUGUUCGUGUACGGUGUUGGACCGUAUGUUGGCUACGCGGCGCUGCAGUACAUCUUGCUGGCUGUACCUCUUCUGUACUGUGCCGCCUUUAGCCAGAUGCCUGAGACGCCACAUUUCUUCAUAGCCCAGGGUCGGUAUGCCGAUGCAUCCCGCUCCUUGGAGUACCUUCGGGGUGAGCCGAUUGAAGAUCUUCAGGACGAGUACGGAGCGAUUCAGCGUGCGGUCGAAGAGUCUCUACGGCAUCGAGCCACCUUCCGGGAACUGGUAGGUGACCAUGCGAAUCGACGUGCGCUGUUCGUUUGUACCGGAAUCAUUGUGCUGCAACAAUUGUCCGGUAUUAAUCCGGUGCAGUUCUACACGCAGACCAUCUUUGAGAAGACAGGCUCAUCACUGAAACCCGAGAUAGCUGUCAUCAUAAUUGGAUGCGUGCAGGUGGUGGCCAGCAUGGUCACCGUGCUUACCUUAGACCGACUUGGCCGUCGUCCGUACCUACUUAUCUCAGCCGGAGGCAUGUGUGUCGCCCUGGUCGCCUUAGGAACCUAUUUCUAUCUGGAAUCCCAACGCGCUUUGAUCAGCUUCUCCAUGGACCGAAUCGCCUUCUUGCCCGUACUUUCCCUAGUCGUGUUCACGGCCGCGUUCUGCCUCGGAUUUGGGCCAAUCGCGUGGCUACUGAUUGGCGAAAUGUUUGCGCCAAGCAUCAAAUCGCUCGCGUCCUCGGUUGUCUCCAGCACGUGCUGGACGGUGGCGUUCUUCGUGCUGUUCUACUUCAGCUCGCUCGAUGUAGCCAUCGGGACGCACUGGCUGUUCUGGAUGUUCGCCAUCUGCACAGCCGGUGCCUUCCUGUUUACCUACCUGUUCGUCAUCGAGACGAAGGGCAUGUCGCUGCCGGAGAUUCAGGCACGGCUCAAUGAAACUGCCCCAGUAAUAAAUGAUAAGGCUUAG